GUAAGUGGGGGCAUUGGUAUUUAGUCGAUCCCCAGGUAGAUCCGUUGGUCAGAAGUUAUUAAGGGAACGCUUCCGUAGUAACCACGCAGGAUGUCUCUCGAUCAGAAAUUUCAAGAAGCAGCAGAAGCUGUAAAAUCUCUCAGUAAACGUCCCUCGGACAAUGAAUUUUUGGAGCUUUACGCACUGUACAAGCAAGCAACAGUGGGUAACGUUAAUACGUCGAAGCCUGGCGCGUUGGACCUGAAGGGGAAAGCAAAGUGGGAAGCCUGGAAGUCGAAAGAGAAUAUGUCGAAGGACGAUGCAAAAGAAGCGUAUAUCAAAUUGGUUAACACGCUACAGCAAAAGUACAAAUAAAAUGCUUACUAGCCUGUAUUUCUGUCUGUAUUGCAAGAUUUUUAAAAUAAAAAUACAACUUGUCUAAACGUU